CAAGAGAGACCAGCAGGGCGGGGGCGCUCCGCUGACUGAUCAGCCCAGCCCGCCUCGCCCGCGUUUUCUUCUUCAUCAUCAUGGGCCAAUCGCCAGCCAUGCAGCCGCCCUCGCCGCGCCGCCGCGCCACCACCAGGGCCCUACUGCGCCUGCUCUUCCUCGUCGCCCUCUCCCUCGCCGCGCUGCUCGCCUUCGUCACCUCCACCCCGUCCUCCUCCUUCUCCACCGCGCGCCGCGCCCUGCAGCUCGUGCCGCCGCGCCGCCACCGCCAGCCGCUAACCACCCUCCGCGCCGUCCGGAGGGACGAGGACGAGCCGGACAGGCCCACCUCGCCCGUCGUCGCCCCGCGAGCGGUGGGGCAGGGCCACCACCGCUCGUCGGACCUCGACGCCGUGCUGCUCCCGGACUGGGAGGUCCUCGUCCUGCUCCGCCCCGGCGACGACGACGACGCGCCCCCCGGCAACGCCACGUGCGCGUUCCCGGCCGGGGCCACGUCCCCGGCGCGGUCGCUCGGGAGGAUGCCCGCGUCCGGCCGCCGAGCCUACACGUGCGCCAUGCCCAGGCCGGAGCGCCGCCACAGCAGGCCCUUCCGCGCGCCACGCCUCGUCGUCGUCGCCGCCACUACCACGCUGUCGUCGUCGUCCUCGGAGGAAGAGCGGUCGUUGACGCCGGAGAUGAUGCGUUGGAGCGGCCGCCUCGUGUACGACUCCGCCGCGCUCGCCGCCGGCGGCGACGUCCUCGUGUUCGCCAAGGGAGUCAACGCGCGCCAGGGAGUCAACCGCGACGCCACGGACGUCCGGUGCAUCUACUACCGCCGCGGCAUUAGCGGCAGCGCCGCCACCGUCGUCGCCUCGCUCCCGGCCUCUACCUCGGCGCAGCAGGUCUUCCGGUGCCCCCCGCCGCCAAGCACUGCCGCCAUGACCAUGACCGCGUCCCCAGCCGAGGCGCAGCAGCUUCGCGUCACGAUCGCCGUCGCUGGCGAGGACCCCAUCCCCUCGGUGGCGACCUACACCCCUCCUCCUCCUCCUCCUCCUCCUCCACCAAAGAAGAAGCUCAUCUGCGGCUGCACCAUGGUCCGCGACGUGGCCAAGUUCCUCCGGGAGUGGGUGGUCUACCACGCGGCGGUGGGCGUCGACCGCUUCUACCUCUACGACAACGGGAGCGGGGAUGACCUGGAGGGCCAGGUGCACCAGCUCAGCGCGGAGGGCUUCCACGUAUCCACACACGCGUGGCCCUGGCCCAAGACGCAGGAGGCCGGGUUCUCCUACACAGCCGCGGUGCACCGAGAUUCGUGUGAGUGGAUGGCGUUCAUCGACGUCGAUGAGUUCAUCUUCUCCCCAGACUGGGCUGGGUCGAGCAAGCCGACCAAAUCCAUGCUCCGGUCCGUUGUCACCGCCGUCAAGCCUAACAUCGGGCAGGUCACGCUAGGGUGCAAAGAUUUCGGGCCCUCAGGGCGGACCAAGCACCCCAAGGAGGGAGUCACCCAAGGGUACACGUGCCGGAGGCGAGCCGAGGAGCGCCACAAGUCACUCGUUAGGCUCGACUCUGUGGCCCCAUCACUGAUGAACUCUGUCCACCAUUUCAAGCUUCGGCCCGAGUUCAAGUGGGAGCGAUCGAGGGCUGUGAGGGUGAACCACUACAAGUACCAGGCUUGGGAUGAGUUCAAGGUCAAGUUCCGCCGCCGUGUGUCCACCUAUGUGGCGGACUGGACCGACCGGGUCAACCAUGGGUCCAAGGACCGCACACCCGGCCUAGGGUUCGAGGCGGUUGAACCAGCCGGGUGGCCACACAAGUUCUGCGAGGUGGAGGACACCCUGCUCCGGGACGUGACACGGAGGUGGUUUGGUGUUGGAUUCACCAAUAAGCUUGCUCAUCACCGGCCGGUUGGAGGGACAACUCACAGCAGCUCAUAGUAUUAGUUUUGGUAUAUACUCUUUAUUAAUUGGACACGGAAACAUACAUGUAUAUUAUACAGAGUAGAUUAGGGAGAAUUCAUUUUGAUUCUUUCAACAGACAGGGUUUUGUUAAUCAUUUUUUAUGUGAUUUAACAAAGGUGUACAAAGACGGUUAGGAGGAGGUGUAACUUCCAUGUGAUUAUUUAUGCCUUUCUUGUUGCAGCGGAUUGGCACUGGCAAGAAAUGUGUACAAAAAGCUAACUGAU